GAGGGUGUAAUAAGAAUCUGUUUUUGACUCAUAUUCUUGGUGUCAGUCUCAGACAGGCAGGCGGAGGAGAAAACGUGGACAAACAACUUUACCUUGUGUGCCUAAUGUUUAAUUUAACCGUGUUUGACUUAAAGUUGGUGUUAGGUUAAUCUGAUAAGUAAGUCUACGAGAUACAGCCAUAAAAUGACGGAUCAGUCCUCACUGUUACUACGUAAACAGUUAGCAGGUGAGUAGGCUAACUCGCUACUUUAGUUUAUUCUGUUCUGUAUUGAUUAACACACGAUUACAGCUGUGGUUUGUUUGACUGUUGUGUUAUUUUGAUAGCUUAUUAUCGAUGUUCAGAAACAGAUCGUGACAAUGAAAUGGGCUAAAGUGUACGUGAAUAGCCAGUAUCAGACAGCUGUCGGUGAGGCUAUGACUAACACUGACUGGUGUUGCUCAAUUACCAGGGAAGACAUUUCUAAAGUAUUACACACACACACCAGCAGUCUGUGUGGUGACUCUGAAACGUGUUUGUGAUUUGUAAAUCUGUCUAGUUAAUAUAUAAGCAUCACUGAAAUGUACACUGAGUAAUAUGUUGAUAAAAUCUGAUUUUAAUGGUCUACAAACCAUAUAAACCCUUACUUCCUUGUAAAAAGCACAAUACUGGAAAUGAUUAAUGUAUGGAAAUGUGUGCUCAUUGUCAAUCUGAUGGGGUGGGAGAAAAAAUCCAUACAGAAUAGUAUCGAGUAGGCCUGGGCUAUUUGGCAAAAAAAAUGAUCACGAUAUCUUUCGUCAUAUCGUCCGAACUCGAUUAUAAUUACGAUUUUUUUUUAAAACCUGCCCGUUUUGAAGCAUCUGUACUAAAAACUAAAGAAACGAGAGAUUAGUUCAACAUUUUAGUAACGUACAAAGUCAAUAACAAAGCAAAGUGAAUAAGAUAUACUUAAAAAAUAUAUAUUUAUUUAAAAUAUUUUUAUAAUAUUUUAACUUAACAGUACAAAAAAUGUAGAUAAAUACUAAAUAAUACAGUGUAUUAGUUUACAGUCCUGAGCGUUAUUGGAGGUAUGCAAGACCCAAAAAACAAAUCGCCCCCUCAGAGAUAAUGAAGACGUCUUAAAAUGUCAACAUUAGAUGAUGUAAACGGUGGAAACCACUGAUUUUCUCCCAAUUCGAUUCUUCUACAUUUUUUUUGGAUGCCUAUUUGAUUUAAAUUGCGACUCCAUGAUAUUGUCGAUUUUCUCGAUAUUCAGUCUGCAUUUUUAACACCAGUGAAACAGUUGAAACAAUUACUACUUUGAGUGGGGUUACAAUGAGAUAGAUUGGCUAUUUUGUUGGAUAUACUCCCUAAUGUUGAUUAUGUUCUGUAUUUGAAUUAAAAAUGAGUGUCAAAGUCUGAUUAAUGGCAACUUUUAAUUUCAGAGCUCAACAAGAACCCAGUGGAAGGUUUUUCUGCAGGUCUUGUAGAUGAUGAUGAUAUCUAUCAGUGGGAGGUCGUCGUCAUCGGGCCCCAAGAUACAUUAUUGUGAGUAAGACUAUUUCACGGUGAACUGAGUUAGUGGUUAGCUUUUUGCCUACACCCCCUGCGUUUCAUCUUCAUCAUCUCCUUUUUCAUUCAUAGUGAGGGAGGAUUCUUCAAGGCGGCUUUGACCUUCCCUCGUGACUAUCCUCUGAGGCCACCCAAAAUGAAGUUUAUCACAGAAAUCUGGCAUCCCAAUGGUAAAAACUAACUUUAAAUUCCACCAUAAUUCAUCAGUGUAGAAGUGAAUAUUCAUGAGUUGUUUUCUCUCUCUUUUGCCAGUGGCAAAAAACGGUGAUGUCUGCAUCUCCAUCCUGCAUGAGCCUGGAGAGGACAAGUAUGGUUAUGAGAAGCCAGAGGAGCGCUGGCUGCCCAUCCACACAGUGGAGACCAUCAUGAUCAGUGUCAUCUCCAUGUUGGCAGACCCGAACGGAGACUCUCCUGCAAAUGUGGAUGCAGCUGUAAGUGUCCACUGUCUCAUUUAGCUGCUGUCUAAUUUGGAUGCAUUUUCGCAACUGAUGUUGAGGUCUCAGAAUUAUCCUUAAUAUUGGUACAAAACAUAAAAAUCUGAUUUUUAAAAGCAUAACUUUUUAUUUCUAAUUUCUCAGUAUGUACCAAUAUAUGCUGAUGAGCUACAGAGGGGAACUACAUUCCUAGAAUUAAUUCAGCUUUUGAGAGCCAAGCUCCAAAAGCACAAAUUUAAUUUCUUGAGUUAGUCCAUUAGUGUUUCUUGAGUUUUAUUGCUGGUAAAUGCAGGUCAUAGUUCAGAUCUGAUAGUUGUUCGAUAUGGCCAUAGUUUAAAAUAUUACCAGCCAAAUUGGCCAAUAAAGUAAACCUACUGUACACUUUAACAAGGCACACUGCUGAGACGGUUUUUCAUUCGUCGUAUCUUGCAGAAAGAGUGGCGAGAGGAUCCUACAGGCAUUUUCAAGAAAAAGGUGGCUCGCUGUGUUCGAAAGAGUCAAGAGAUGGCCUUCGACUAAGGAACAACAAGGUCAGUGCAAUAAAUAGUGAGGAUUCAUUACAGUGUAAAAGGACAGGGUUGAUAGUGCUUUUAACUAAACUGUUACUGCACAUGUCGAUGCAUGAAUAUGAAGUUAAACACGCUGACCAUUGACACCAUUUUUGACUGGCAGCUUUUCAUUUGGUCUCUGUUACAAGGUUGUGAAAGUUAUCUCAUGGCACUUAAACCUCCUCAAGUCAGUCUGUAUAGUUUCUUUAUGCUUCAAAAUGUGUUUUUUAUUGAAGGACAUUUUAUAAAGAAAAUAAUAGGAAAAAAUACUCUGUCAGGGAGCACCAAUGAUGGUUAAUACACAGACUGACACGUUCCUCUUGUUUCAGGUUGGAAACUGCACAGAGGAUUGACAAGUGGCAACAUGUCCAGAUGAACAUGAGGCACAAGUUCAUCGCCAUCAACUAUCCAUCCCCAAGGAGAAAGACUCACAGAAACAUUUAAACCCAUAGUUCUCCACUAGUUUGGAAACGCUUUGUGAUAGUUAUAACUGAAUGGUUUCACACUGGGAAAGGUUUUCAUUUAUUAAAGCGGGGGUAUUAUGCUUUUCCACAUUUACAAAAACUGUAAAAUUACAAAGUUUGAUGUCCAUACUAGAUGUUAGCAAAGUUUCAAAUCCUGAGGUAAAUAUAUGUUGUCAUAAACCCAGAAAAUAGACGUAAGCUGCUCAAAACGUGAGCCUGCGCGAAGACGCUAGAUGCAUAAUACCCCCUCUUAAAGUUUCCACACAUUCAGAUGAUGCUAUCACUGGUCAAACGUCAGCCUUUGACUCACAGAAAGAUUAAUUAUCUAUCAGAUUAUUUCUCUCCUCGUGUAAAUACUUGUCAGAUUUUCAGGAGCAUUUAUUCCCUCUGAGAAGUGCCCCAUUUCUUAGGUUGUUAUGUUUACCUAUUUAUUUAUAGUUUGGCUAUUUUAUAGAUGCAUAUCGCCUGUUUAAAGAGAGUCUUCAUUUUUUCUUUUCAACCUGCCACACUGAGCCAACAAACCUCACAGUUAGUUUAUCAAUUAUGCAACAAUUCUGGGGUGUUUGUAGUCUCAUAAUCAUGGAAAUAAACAAACACUGGCUUUGCUUUCCCUGCAUGCAGAGAAAGUGCUCGUCUUUCCCCCUGAGUGGGAAACCCAUCACCCAGCACUGCCUUAACUUUUUACUGCCAGCAAAGGAAACCUGUCUUCAUAAAUAGUACAACUGAUUAUAUGCAGCAGAACUGUUGUAGAAAAACCAAAGAAUAAACCAAUAAAGUGUUUUUACUGAGAA